CGGAGAGGAGCGCGGAGAAAGUGCAGUCGGAUUGGCGCGCGCGUGCCCGCCGUGCAGCUGCCGGCGGCGGUGGCGGCGACGCAGCAGCGGAAGAAGCCAAGACGACGAAGAAGAAGCACAGCGGCACAGCGAGAAGUCGGAAAAGUAGGAGAGCCGCCGAAUGUCUCUCUCCUCUCCGGCUCUCGCGGCUCUCGUGGCUCUCGCGGGACGGGAGGGGAGAUGGGGGCGCGACGCGCAGGCGCGAGCCGUUCAAACGCGAGAGCGCGCUCAUGGAGCGGCCAGACGGCCCGUAGAUACCGACCAGCCGCGACAGACGACUGACCGCCCGAGCAGCCGCAGCCGCUUGCGAAGCGCUUCCUCGUUCUCGUUUUCGCACGUGCGGCCGUUCUCGCGCUUUCCCUGCGACUUGCCUUCCAUUCGCACGCGAGUGCCCCCGAGUUGUCCAGGCAGGAGACGCCGGCAGUGAGCGGACGACCGAUAUCACGACCACGACGACGAGGACGACGCGACGUCAGCAAGGAUGGCGCAGCUGAUCAGCAUCAAGCUGUCCCGCUUCGACGGUUCGCCCUGGGGCUUCCGGCUGCAGGGUGGCAAGGACUUCGGCACGCCUCUCGUCGUUCAGAAGGUGAAUAACGGCUCGCCAGCCGAGGCGGCUGGUCUGCGCGCGGGCGACGCGGUCAUCCGAGUCAACAGCACGGACAUGUUCAGCCUGAGGCACAAAGACGCUCAGGACGUGAUCGUCAGGGCCGGCAACAACUUCGAGAUGACCGUACAGAGGGGGAGCAGCACGUGGAGGCCGAGCGUGUCUCCGGUGACGGCCAGCAUUCCAUCGCCUCAGCCGACGAGGCCGGUAAGCAGCAUUUCCCCCGUCACGAAGACCUCCCUUGCUGCCAAAAAACAGGACGUUCGCCACAUUGGCAGCGGGCACAACUUCAGUCCCAAACCCUUCCUCAACGGCAUGUCCAAUGGCACCGUCAAGUCCAUCGUCAACAAGCAGUACAACAGUCCCGUCGGUAUGUACAGCGAGGAGACCAUCGCCGAAACCCUGUCGGCUCAGGCUGAAGUUCUGGCCGGUGGCGUCUUGGGCGUGAACUUCAAGAAAAACGAAAAGAACUACGACGCCCAGAACAGCGAGGUGUUCAAGAUGGUCCAGGAGGCCGACAAAGAGCCAAGAACACCGGAACCAGCAGCAGCAGCAGCAGCAGCAGCAGAGCCGUCGCAGCACAGUGGAGUGGCGACGCCAACGUCGCCGGCAUUGACGGGUCUGCGCCACGUGCAGGCGCCCGAGUCGAGACCGCCCUCGAGCCAGCCGUCACCCGGUCUCACUCCCGGACAGAACAUCUGUGCCGAGUGCGAGAGGCUCAUCGUUCCUAGUUGCCUGCAUUGUCCUUGCCGACUUCCGGCGCGGACGGACAACUUUCUGGGCGCGAGAUCGCCGACGGCCCUCGCAGCCAGCGACAGUCGGCCGAGCUUCCCCGGCGAGUCGGGCCAACAGCAGCCCAAGCCUGUCGACCCCCGAGAUGGCCAAAUUGUGUGCAGCAGCUGCGACUGCGUUAUCUACGGAGUCUUCGUCAGAAUAAAGGAGAAGAAUCUUCACGUGGAGUGCUUCAAGUGCGCGACCUGCGGCACCUCGCUCAAGAACGUCGGCUACUACAACAUCAACAACAAGCUCUACUGCGACAUCCACGCCAAACUCGUCGCCAGGCAGAACGCACCUCCCAACGUCGUACCCGUCACCGUGGCGCCAGGUCAGAGAGCUCCGGCAAACACCAUUUCUGCAGCCUUAUCGAGUCACGGAAGUUCGUCACCUCAGCCGUUCUCGAACAACCAGCAGCAAUGCCAGUAUCAGCACAGAAACGGCUACAACAGUCGCAUCUCCGGCAUACAAGACGAGUACGAGAGACCGGACUCGGUGAGCACUUGCGAGACGUACGAGUCGAAAACUUACACGAGUACGAUAACCAUCCAGACGACUGGCACUCAAGCCGACAAUGAAAGCUUCGAUUAUAACCGCAAUUUCACUAACGAUCAGUUUAACAAUAUGGACAACAAGCUGCACAAAUUAACCGAACAGCUGGACGAUUUCUCGUUUGACUCCGCCAAGCACAAGGAUCAGUUUGACUACUGCCCUAACAAAGAGAACAAUACGCCAGCUUACGUGCGAGCACUCAAGCCCAUUCGCCUUGGCAGCUCGCCCUUCGAUCAGCCCACUUUUCGGCCAGUUCAGGCACCAUCGACGCACAGCUUCUGCGGCCCGAAGCCCUUCAUCGGCUCCAGUGUCACGAACCAGAACUACUCAUCGCCGCCUAUUAUUAAUACCGGAAGCAGCAGCACUCUGCCUCGCCCUCAGAAUCUAUCUGUAACUGGUCGUUUCUCGACUCUGCCAAAGCCGAAGAGCUCUCCCUUCAACAGAGCCUUCAUCCGAUCCCCCAUAUACGUUGACACGUUGAACCUUCGAUGUGUCCUUCUGCCGAAAUAUCCCAUGGCCAAGAUAGAGUACUACGAAGAAGACAAACUAGAGAAACCGUAUUACGAGUACCGUUCUUACGAGUCGGUGCAGGAGGUUUGCCGUCCGAAGGCCCCCGAGAAGCCGCCGACUCCACGCAACUUCAGCCUGAAAAACACCACCUGGCCACCAACAAAGGCUAUCGAGGACAUUACAUACCCUACAGCUAGUCCAUUGUACAUAGAUCCCAAUUCACGGAUCGAUCCGCAAAUACGACAAGUGAACCUUGAGAGACGCGCCACAGUAGAGUCGGUAAUCAGCCGCGAACACACUCGACGCUGCAACAUCGCCGAGCAGCAGUACCAGAGUAGCGCCAUGGAUCAAUAUAGUUGUCCAGGGCCGCAGUAUCGGCGGGUCGAGCUAGUCGACGCGAGACAAUCUCGCGAGACGAGCCGGCGCUGCGAUCGGCCGGUGUCCAGAACUAGUUCGACCGACAGCGUGCGCAGAUCCUUGACUCCGACGAGGAUUACUCAGCCGGUGCCUCGCCCCUGGACGGCCACCGUCACCAGCGGCACCAAUCUCUAUGAGACCUCCUACGAGCAGAAGUCCGAAAACAUCUGCCGUAAUUUCUGCGAUAAGGAGGUGUGUCAGCGCGAGAAGGUUUGCCAGCGCGAACGCUCGUCCGAGCGCUCGGUUUGCCAGCGCGAACCGUCUUGCGAGAAGCAGCAACAGCAACAGCAACCGCCAGCUGGCCAUCACCAUCACGAGCAACACAUGCACCGCGUGGAGGAUACUUGCAAGACCGAGGGAGACGUUCACAGCCACGAGCAUAAAACGUCGAACGUGUGCCGCUUCACCUGCGAGUCCGACAUCGAGGAGGCACCAGAACCACAACCUAUGCCGGCAGCCGUGCGAGAACAAGCGCGGGAGGACGAGAGACUGGAUCUAUCGAAAAUCGUGCCGCCGGACGUCGCCAUUUGCCCGAAAGGUAUCGACGCCGAGCACGAUCUUUACACCGAAAUCGAAGAGGAGGACAAGGAUAACCUGCACAUCAAGAAGACGACAACCUACGAGAAGACCGUCGAGUUGGUGACGCCCGAUCGAGAAGGGGCCAAUCCGUUUGCACAGCAGCAGCAAGACCAAGGCGAAGUCACGCGGGAGGAAUUCACCCAAAGAUCUUCGACCGUGGAUCGAGAGGUUGAGGGUAUCUCGGACCAUCGACACGUGUCCGAAACCACUGAGACCCUGUCGAAACGAAUCGAGUCACAACGGAUGAUCGAAGAAGCGCGUAAGCAUGAAGAAGUCGAGCGCCAGCGUCGCGCCGAAGAGGAGCGCAGGCAACGUUACGAGGAAGAGCAACGAAGACAAGCGGAAGAGCGUGAGAUCGCGGAAAUGUAUCGUCGCGAGGAGCAGAGGAAACGCGAGAAGGAAGAAGCCGAUCGCCAAAGAUACGAGGAGGAACAACGUCGCAUGGCACAAGAGCAAGCCGAAAGAUCCGGUGGCAGAGGUUGUCGCAGUGAACAGCGCACCGAGAUUGUCGAAGAGUAUCACACCGGAGGCGGGUCGCGCGAGCGCAUAAUCGAUGUUCAAGUGGAAGGCCAGAACCCUCCUUGUUCUCAGUGCUCUUACAGCAGCGUCGAGAUCGAAGAACGACCGCCGUCGCGCGAACGCAUUAUUCCCAUCCAGAGAGAGGUGGACGAACCGCCGUGCAAGAAGGAAAUGCGCCAAGUGACCGAAGAAGUCAAUAUCAAGCAGCACUGUGAGCACCGUGACUACGAGGAACAACGUCGCAAAAGCUUACGAGAGCAGGUCGAGGUUCAUCAGAGCUUACGCCAGCAACAGCAACCGCGCCAACAAUCCCUUCAGGAGCGUCGGCUUUGCUCCAGAUUCCGUGAUCAGGGGCAAGGCCAACAACAGCAGCAGCAGACUUGCUCGAAAAAGCACGUCCAGUUCGUCAAGCAAACGGACGGUGGACCAUGCCCGUUGCCAUCGCCAAUCGUCAACUCCACACCAAAGGAAUGGAAAUCUGAAAUGUGCAAAGCUUUGACCACGGCACCGGAUCAGCCUUACUCGCCGCUCGGUAGACCUCAGCAACAGAGCGAAACACGCGAGGUUUACCGCAGUGAAGUCACUUACGAGCAGAACAGUGUAUGCAGCAAGUGCCAUCCUCAGCUACCACCGGAACCACAGCGAGCCAAAUCACCGUUCGUCGAAGCACUGACUACCGCCUCCGAUAGGCCGUACUCGCCACUAGGACGGGAAGUCGAUCCAAACGCCACUAUAACGUGCCGAUGCCGGUCGCAAACUCCCGAUAUGAAGGACACGUACGAGGGUUACAGCGCACCGACGCAGAUACUAUACCGCAACAAGCCCAAGGAACCACCGCGAAAGCCAGAAGGCCCGAGACCUCUGCCCACUCCACCGCCUGAUUUCAAAUUCCGCAACCGAUCCGUAUCUCCGGCUUGCCGCUCUAGAUCCCAGACACCUAGCGGAAGAAUCUCCUCGUGUGGAUUGAAGAGACCAGACAAUAUCCCGAUUUAUCAGAAACACUUGGUAUGCGAGGAGCAGGCACCAGUUCAGGAACACGAUUACCCGCCAAGCAGAAAUUCCACGCCAGCUUGCUGUAGCGCUGCGGCAGGCCCAGCCGAACCACCGGCUUGUGUCGCUCAAUCUUGUGCUCGAAAACCCGAAGCUGCGUGCACACGAGAGCAGACACCCGAUCGCACGGAAACGACUAGAUACCAUUACGAAGAGGAUACUCCUCAGUCCCACAAGACAACGGAUACGGUAUCUUCGAAAACGAUGUCGUGGGUCGGUCAACAUCAGCACUUUCAGGUGCACGACGACACGGUCACCGAAGAAUGCGACGGUAGCCAUCACGUGAGGACAAUGGAGCACAAGAUCAAGGAAUACGACGAGCCCGAUGAGCCGUCGUGCUCUCCACCGCCCGCGAACGAUGAGUGCUACAUAGCUCAGAAUACCACGACUACGGUAACCUUACCGUGUCCCACAAAAAAGAAGAACGACCUGAUGGACAGGAUCAAGAAAACAGGCGUACGCGUGAUCGAUUCCGGUGCCCCGGAAGUCCGCAGAAUUUGCCACCAAAUACCACCUCCUGCACCACCAAAGCCACCUUGUCCCAUGACGGGUGUGCAGGUUUUGCCCGUCCGAGCUCACGGGGACACGAGCUGCAAAUCUGGCGUUGUUGUCGUGCCAUGCGACGGUAUCGGCGCCGACGGUGUUCACAUUAAACCAACGGCCGACCGUUCCGGAGUGUGCGUGUCUCCGUGCCAGGCUGCCACAGGCGGUAUCUGCAAGAAACCCAAGUGCUACUGCGGCUCGAUGUCUAAUCAAUGCACGACGAACCUCGGCAACGUCGAGACAACUCGCAGCGUAAACUCCAGCACCUCCACUCAGAGCAGCUGCAACAUCAGCGGCUACCGCUCGGUAUCGUGUCCCAAGACUCCGCCCAAGUGUCUUGGCGCUUCCAGGGCCAACCUCCCUUUCCCUCAGAUCCCCCUACCCGAGGAGGAUCCCGAGCCCUCGCCCGAACCCACGCCUCCGUGCUGCCAACAAGUCGGCUCGACCACGACGACCUUCAGCUCGAACGAGUGCACCAGCAGCAGCUUCAAGCCUAUCCAGCAACAGCCGCGCACUAACCUAUGCAAUCAGAUAACGACGCUGACGCUUUGCAAGCGCGAGAGCAAGCCGCUGCCGCCUCCACCGCCGCCGGUGCCGACGGUGCAGCUUUACAAGCCUAGCUGCCAGACGCCGCCGCCGCCUCCUUGCAGGACGAGCAGCAGCACGAUAACGCAAAAUCGAUUCCGCCGCGAAACCACCACCACCCAAUCCCAAAACCGCACCCAAACCCAGACCCGCUGCCAAACUAGCAAGACCCAGAGUUCAGUAGAUCCACCAAAUUUGUCAUCCCACCCGGAUCUAGGUGCUGGUUGCGGAUUCGGCGGCAACAAAGGGGGUACCUUCGCCAGCAGCAUGGCGCCCAAUCGCGGACGCGGUAUUCUCAACCAGGCUGGAUCAGGACUGCGCAUACCACUUUGCGCGGCCUGCAAUAACCAAGUCAGGGGUCCAUUCAUAUCGGCACUAGGCCAGAUCUGGUGCCCUGAGCACUUCGUCUGCACGAACUCGCAGUGUCGCCGCGGCCUGCAAGACAUCGGCUUCGUCGAAGAGAAAGGACAGCUCUACUGCGAAUACUGUUUCGAACGUUUCAUUGCCCCACCCUGUGACAAGUGCAAUAACAAAAUCAAAGGAGAUUGUUUGAAUGCCAUUGGAAAGCACUUCCAUCCUGAAUGUUUCAACUGCGCGCACUGCGGAAAGCACUUUGGCAACAGUCCUUUCUUCCUUGAAGAAGGGCUACCGUAUUGCGAAAGAGACUGGAAUGACCUCUUCACGACGAAAUGCUUCGCCUGCGGUUUCCCAGUAGAAGCAGGAGAUCGUUGGGUAGAAGCUCUCAACAACAACUACCACAGCCAGUGCUUCAAUUGUACGAUGUGCAAAAAGAAUCUUGAGGGGCAAAGCUUUUACGCUAAGGGAGGUCGUCCAUUCUGCAAAAAUCAUGCGCGCUAGGCAAUCAAUGAGCGAACCAUCGACAAACAAUCGAACUCCUACCCACGAGCAACGAUAAUCUACACUAAAAUAAAGUUGCACGCAUCGAAAAUAAAAAAAGAAUUCUAUAUAUAUAUAUACGUAUAUUGUAAGCUUACACACGUAAUGAUAGAUAAGAAAUAUUGAAGAACCUGGAUGACGAUCGUCGUGCAGAUAUCGUCGCAUUAUCUAACUGAACGAUCGACACGAUUGAAAUCUUGUUCACGACUAUGAAUUUGGAUCCAAGCAAUUGUACGAUUUCUCCGUUUCUCUAACCAGUGAUAGAGAAGCGCUUUGAGAAUAUUAAUGAUAACAUGCGCAUUGUCAUAGCUAUUUUGAGAAUUUUUGGCUGGGGGGGAUUGCAGUGAGGAGGCGUGUGCACCGAACAUGAAAGCUACGAAAUACCAAAAAAGUAAUGUAUAUGUGUAAAUGUAAGACACUGUGUUGUAGGCUUGAGCGCUUGCCGAUUUCUUUUCCGUGUGUGCGCCCAUUUCCGGGAAGGCCAUCCGAGGGCGGCGAGCCAGCUGAAGUGCAAUUACGCGAGAGCCCACGUUCUUGCAAUUGAUUUUUCGCUCGUUUCACUUCGAGUACUGAUAUUUACGUUGGAAAAAUUCUCACAAGCAGCGCCAAUUUUCGCUUUGGGGGGUGCGUUCGCUCGAGCACGCGAGCUAUUACAACGAGUUACGAGCACAUUUGAAGAAACAAGACGCGGGGGCGAGCUUUGAAAAGAAGUCGUGGGCACAGAGCAAGCUACGCAAGCAUCUAAAUUUAUCGUAAGCGCGAGUCCAAUCAUUUUACCGACUAUCGCAUUAAUUUAAGCUUAUUAAUUCUACUCAAAUCAUAACAAACUUUUUCUUCUGCAUUGUUGUCGAAAGCUUCUCGACGCCUUUUAUCCUCCUUUGCUUUUUCUUCUUUAUCGAAGACGCAAGAGUUUCUCGACUCCGCGGAAGUCGAUUUUUCAAGUGCUUAAUUAUCUACGUGUAGAGAGAGAAUUAACGACCGACUAGUUGCCAUAUUUAUUCGCGAACAUGUGGUUGACUGACCGCAUCCUGUUCUCUUUUCUUUCGUGUCAACUUUUAUCUCGUGCUAUAAUUAAUCAGGAAGAAAUAACAUUUAUGCAAAAAAGUCGCUACUUUCAGACUAAAAUUGCUUUACGUUUUUGCUUUGAAUCAAUUAAUAACGUAACAAGAUGACUACAAAGUUGUAAAAAAUUUUAACCAGCUUAAUUGCGCGUUUAUUUAUACACGUUGGAGUGAACGAACCGAGUGAAUGUGCUAAAAAUAAAAAAAAAAUAAACCUUUUAAGUAAUAAAAAUGGUAACUCACAACGAGAUUGCGAAUUUUUCAUAACCGCGUUCUUCGCGAUCGACGAAAAAGAAUACCUUGCGAAAACUGGUUUUUUGCUAUCAAUGUAUGCUUCGCGUUUUAAGCAAUAACAAUAAAACUCAAUGAAGAAAAUAAACUACGAAAAACAUGACCAUCAGCACCAAUUUUUUUGCAAGUAAUGUUCAUCAAAACGAAUUUCAUAUAUAUUGGAGCCUGACUUUUUUAUAAUUUAAAAUGUAAGGAUUUCGUUUGGAAUCUUUAGGGGAAUUUUUUGUUUUGUGUAAUUAUUGCGUGAUGCUUAAAAUGAAGCCCACGCAUCCGUGUUAUGUGUUGCUUACAAUAAAGUUAAUUACAAA